AUGGCCUUGGCGGACAGCGCUCGGGGGCUGCCCAACGGGGGCGGCGGGGGCAACAGCAGCGCCUUGCGCGGCGCGGCGCGGCCGCAGCAGCAGCAGCAGCAGGGGCCGGCGGCGGCGUCGGUGCCCGGCGGCGGCGGCGGCGAUGCUUUCCCGGAGAUCGUGGAGCUGAAUGUCGGCGGGCAGGUAUACGUGACGCGCAGGGGCACGGUGCUCUCGGUGCGCGGCUCGCUGCUGUGGCGCAUGUUCUCGCAGCAGGAGGCGGCCGAGCUGCCCCGCGACUCCAAGGGCCGCUUCUUCCUCGACCGCGACGGCUUCCUCUUCCGCUACAUCCUGGACUACCUGCGGGACCAGGAGCUGGUGCUGCCCGAGCGCUUCCCGGAGCGCAGCCGCCUGCAGAGGGAGGCCGAGUACUUCCAGCUGCCCGACCUGGUGCGCCGCCUCGCGGCCGCCGCGGCCCCGACGGCGCGCUUCUCCGGGCUGCUGCGCGACGCCUCCGUGUGCGCCGACGAGCCGCCGGGGGCGCUGGGCUACCUGGAGGCGGAGUUCCCCGAGGCCGGCGGCCCCGGCGCGUCCGCCUCGCCCACGUCCAGCCGCAGCCCCUCCGGGGGGCCGCUGCUGGCGCCGUCGCUGUCGCUGGACGCCGGCGGCGCGGCGGCCGGGCGGCGCUCGGGCUACAUCACCAUCGGCUACCGCGGCUCGUACACCAUCGGGCGCGACGCGCAGGCGGACGCCAAGUUCCGCCGCGUGGCGCGCAUCACGGUGUGCGGCAAGACGGCGCUGGCCAAGGAGGUCUUCGGCGAGACGCUCAACGAGAGCCGCGACCCGGACCGGCCGCCCGAGCGCUACACGGCGCGCUACUACCUCAAGUUCAACUUCCUCGAGCAGGCCUUCGACCGCCUCAGCGAGGCCGGCUUCCGCAUGGCGGCGUGCUCGUCCACCGGCACCUGCGCCUUCGCCCCCGAGCAGGGCGGCCCUGCCGACGACAAGAUCUGGACCAGCUACACCGAGUACGUCUUCUGCAGGGAGUGAGGGCUGGGCCCGCCGCGGGACGGGCGCUCAGCCGAGGCGCAGGGCGCUCCCCACCCGAGGACUUGCUCCGGAGGGCCCCUUCGGCUCGCCACAGCCUUUGCUUUCGGGGCCUGAAAUGCAUGCGGGGGAGGCAGGCGGGGGAGGCGAGCCGCCGUCCCCGGUGCGUGGCGCGGAGCUAGACAGAGCUGCACCUGCUGGAUUUCUGCCUGGGUGAGGCGCCGAUGGAGCCUUUGCCUAGCAAUGGGGUGGUGACCCGAGACCUCCUUCCUCCUGGCCCGGAAGGGAAGCCCCACGCGCGCUUUCCCACCUGUGUCGCUCAAAGUAGAUGUGGGGAACCUCAGGCCCACGGGCCCUAUCGGGGACUGGGUUCCUCUUUCCCAGACCUGCCCCUGACCCGCUGGCCACGGGGUGGUUUCCUGCUAUGUUGGCCCCCCGGCUUGGUUCCAGGCCCUUUGCCUCUGGCCCUCACCACUCUUCUCCCAUGGCCUCUCAGAACCUGAAUUCAGCUCCCUGGCAACCCUUGCCAUUACCUGGCGUUCCUCCCUUGAUCAUUUCCACAUGUUCCCGCAGACUCACCCCCCCCCCCGCUCACCCGCCUCUCACUAGCCCAUCCAAAGAACACCUUCGAUAAUAGGCUCCUUAUUGAGAAGGACGCCCCUUUAGCCCAAACCACCCCAUGUCUUUAUAAGCCCCCCUUUUAAGCUUGAUCUGGAACUCCUGUACUCCUUCACCAGAACAUGGAUCUAGCUCGCCUCUCUGCGCAAUUUUCAUCCUGUGUCUUGUGCCCCUGUUUCCAUGCCAUGGCCUCAUUCUUCUGUCUGCUCAGUCACCCCGAACAGCAGCUGUUGGCAGGAACCUCAAUACCUCCAAUUCUCCUGCACAAGUAUACAUGCCCUGUUCCAACGUGUGUGCAUGGCAAGGUGUCCUGCCUGUUUAUCUGGGACUCCUUGUACUGCCCUGGCAAACACACGUGGUGCCAGUGUAUUCCCUGGGUGAAUGAAUCCUGUCCAUCAAAUGCCACCUUUUCAAGGGACAGGGAAGCCAUCUCCUUCCAGCUGUUGGAGCCUAAGUCCCAUCGUUCCUGACAGUUUGCCAUUUGGCUGGGGAUGAAGGGAACUGGAACCCAACAGCAUUCAGAAGGCAACAGGCUUCCCACUCCUAGGAUAAAAGCUCCCUUAAAACAUAAUAGUGUGUGAACUUUUGUCCGAAAGUUGCCUGCCCAGGAAGGAAUGAGAUGGGACAAGAACAAGACUUGCUGGUCACAUCCCUGUUGGUGGGAAGAUAUUUGCCUUCCCAGCAAUGCUUAAUCUUGGUUCUAAAUUGGACAGAGUCAAUGGAAUAGAAUAGCUAUUUGUGAAUGGGCACUUAGUUUCUGCUCUUUUCUCCCCUUUCUCCUUUUUGGGAGAAAUGCUAGCAGUGUGACCUCCUGCAUCAUUAUCUUCUCUCUGCCUUCUCUGCUGUUUUCCAAAGUGCUCUUCAGAGCUCUUGAGCUGAAUCAACGUGUGUGGUGGGGCAGGAAAAACUGGUGUCACAACACUCUGGAUAGUUAAACCACUUGAUCCUCCUCUGAUCAGUUCAAAGACCCCAGACAACAACAGUGCUUUCAAAGUGAGAAUGUUUGGAAACUGUACUACACCUGGGAGAUGAUAUUGAAGGAGAGUCUUUAAUGAAGUCCCCCAUUACCAAUACUUACGUGGGUGUAUAUAUUAGCAAAUUUACUGCACAUUGUUUAGAUAUCUAGAAAGCAGGCUGCCGAGCUGGCUGAGGGUGGAGAUGAGCUGCUGGCAUCCUGAGCCUGCAGCCUUAUUCACACAUUACUUGUGUGAAUGGGGAUCUGUGGUGAAAGAGGCUGCGGCUCUCCUGCCACCGCUGCUGUCAACAUCCGGGCGUUUCCUGUUCUUGUGCGAACUGCCUGCAUGAUUUAGAACCUUGAUUAUGCAGUGGCAACUUUGGGGGCCUGGCCUCUUUCCUGGCUUCCUGAUUCGUAUGAGUAAUGCAUGAAUAGGGUACCGAGGUCUUGGAUCAACAGAGGCUAUUCGUGUUGCUAAGCUUCCAUUUUCUUGUUCAGUGGCAACGUUCAAUCUAAUGCUUCCUUGAAGAGUUUGUUGUAGGUUCCCCUUCCCCUCUUCAGCCAGAAAGAAGAGGUGGUUAUAAGUGUGUUACCUAGGCUAUGCUGCCUAAUAUGAUGGACUUCCUGAGUGGGAUUUUGGCUUUCUCUUCAAAAGUUCAAGGGCAAAUUUUAGCUCUGUUUUAGCAUGAGCAUUGCCCAUUGCUUUUCUAUGCGGUGUACUCCUCUUUAACAGUACUGAAACACUGGUUCAUAAGAAUUUGGGCUGACACCUUCUCUAGGAAAGUACUAUUAAAGAAUAAGCACAAGUGGGUGGUUUUUUCCCCUCUAAAUGAAGGCUUUGGCAUUUUCUCAUUAAGCAGCUGAAAUCAAGCACAUUGCACUUCUUGACUUAAAAGUACAGUUCAUUUCCAGUUGUGAUCCAAGCAGUAUUUUUACAGGACCCAGUUAAGCUGAUAAUACUUCAAGUGGUAUACAUUACAGAUUGAUAAUUUACUUCAAAAUGUGUUUCUUACAUGUGACAUCUUGAUUCUUGGGUUCAGAGUUAUAGGCACUUAUAGUUUCAACCAAAGAGUUUUUCCACAGAGUUCUUUAUUUCAGUUGCUUGAACAAUGGAGUUUUCUUUUUCGUGUAAAAGAGAUUAUUCUGAAACCCAGGACUUCCUGCUUGGAUUGUCAAGGAUAGCAGAAGGUUCGCGUGUACCACAAAAGCCUGGUUUAAUGCUACAUGUACAAGCAGAAAAGAACCCAAGUAAAGCCUUGGUCUCAUGCAUUUCCACCUCUCCUCCUCCUCUAUAGAUGGGAAGUGGCAUAAAGCAAGGUUCAGUUUCCCUUUGCAAAGUUCCUGGCUUAGUGUUACAUGUGAACCAGAAAUCUUGGUUUAAAAUAAACUUGUAAUCAUUUACCAAACAAGCCUCUGAGGAAACGCAAACCUGGAUUGUUCUCCCUGCCUUGCUGAAAAAAACAGUGUCUUUUAAACCACAAUUCCUGGUUCACAAAUAAAAUAAAGCCAAGAAUUAGGGAAAGUGAAAUUGAAUCCUGGAUUUUCCUCCUCCUGGUGGUAUUGGAGGAGAGGGAGGGAGGUGUACUUCAGCCCCCAGUGCUUUGUGUGGGCUCCUUUCUUCAUGUGAACUUAGUGCUAAACUGCGGCUUCGCAUUAUUUGUGAAUGGAGCCAAAGAGAGAAAUGUUCCUUUUAGCCAAAUCUGUGGCUGAUUCUUUUAGACCAUUCUUUGACAUUCUCCUGGGGCUUUACAAAUAUCAGUCAAGUGCACCCAGAUGUCAAAGCAUAACAUAUUCAUAGAAAAACAUUAAAUAUUUUUGCUUGGUAGGAGAUAAUUUUGAAAUGACAUUUUUUUUCCAAAAACAGGACGUGAGAGAGAGAAGAGGGUGCUUUUAAUUAAAGCAAUAAGCUAGCAAUGGUAAGCCAGUGUGCCAGAAAAGUAAUUGUACCCUGGUUGUCCUAUGCCUUAUUCUUAAAUAAUUCCAUUGUGCAUAUUUUAGCUAUACUGCAAGUGAGAGUUUAUUGAUUGCAAUUAAAUAUUUAAAAUGUCAUUCCUGACCGUCAAUUACAGUCUUUUUCUAGUUUGUGUUGAGUAAUGUUUUCUGAGGUAUGUUUUCUAAACUUUUGUAUACAAUCCAGUUUUCAGUAAGUGCUUAAAUUAGCUCUAACUUGUUUCCCCCUUUUCAUUUUCUUUUUUAAUUGAAUCUUGUACUGUAGCUUACUAAGUCUGUCAUAAGAGUUAUGAAUGCAGGUGGUUUUAAAUUGAAUUUGUGACUUAAUGUGUAUAUAAAGUGUAGAAACAUUUUACACGAAUCAUUUAGUUUUUUAUUCAUUUAUUAGCGCUCUACUAGAUUUUCAUAUGCUGUCCCUGGACAGACAGACAAUUUUCAUACUCAGAGGGAAGUCACAAGUAAGAACAUCAGCAAAACUGUAGAAGCAUUUUUGUCUGCACUGAUUUGCUUGAAUGUGAAUUAGCAGCUAAACUCCCUGAUGGCUAAAACACCAUCCCUCGAAUGAAGACUUGUAUUUUGGUUAGUGAAUGUUUAUCCUAAAGCUCCUGUUAUUUUUUAAAUAAGAAUGGGUAUAAUAAAAUGAACUAACUAGUAAUUUUAAA